GUUUGCGACAAGCCAAAAGUCCCCAGGUUAUUUCAGAAGUCCUCCAGACAAGCCCUCCGGUUUCUCCUAACGGCUCUCCUCGAUCACCUCCCAGUCUCUCCGUCGCUAUGGGAUGGUUCGACGGCUGGUUCGGCCCCAGCGCCUCGUCCGACGACCCUCUCAAGUCCCUCGACCCCAAGCUCCGCGAAUACCUCGAGCGCGAAUCCCCCGUCAAGAUCCAGAACCAGCAGAUCCAAGAAGCCGAGAAAAGGGCCAUACGGAUCGCCGCGCAAGCAGCUGCGACGGCAGAAGCGCGCGCCCACGCCCAAGCACAAGCACAGUCACAAGAUGCCGCGGAACAGCCAAAGGUGCCGAAAGAGAGCCUCUUCCAGGACGGACGGUACGCGCACCUGUGGAAGACGUACCGGCCCUACGCCGAGAUCGAGGCCGAGACGAAGACGGACCACGAGAAGCUCAUGGACGUGCUGGACGGGUUCAAGCAGCGCAAGCACGACAUUGGCAGGGCGGCGCUUGAGAACUGCGCGAUCCAGCAGGAGGAGUGGGUGAAUUGCAUGAAGAGCGGCGACUGGGAGGACAGGAUGCAGAUGUGCAGGCGUCAGGUCCAAAAGUUUGAGAGGUGUUAUACCAUGCAAACGAGAUUCCUCAAGGCCCUAGGCUACCAAUCCAUUGCCGGCCGAUCAGCCCAAGUGGAAGAAGACAUCCAGAUGCACGCAGACCAGCUCUACGGGCGCAUGAUUGAGCAGGAACAAGCCAUGGAGGCCGCCAAGAAGGAAGGCCUCCCCGCGCCCAAGUUCGACUUUUCGAUACCCACCGCCGCGCCCGCCGCGACCGCGCACACGCCGAGGCCGGACCUAGAGACCUCGUGGAAGGAGAAGCUGGAGCAGCUGCCCGAGUCGGAGAGGGCAGCCGAGGAGGCGGCGCUACGGGCGGAUUUCCAGGCCAAUGUCGAGGUGGCCAAGAACGUGCAGAAGCUGUGGGACGAGCAGGAGAAGGAGAAGGAGAGGCGCAAGGCGGAGGGCAAGGCUACGAUUGUGGAUCGUAUCUCGGGGACGUUUGGUGGUGGGAAGUAAAGGAACCUUUGCGGUCUGAGGUGAUGGUUGUCUCGGGGCUUUCUAGACAGGAGUUACCUGUGAGAGAAGCCCUGUGAGUCGAUACAGGUUAGAGUAUUGGAUUGUGAGAAGCCCCGCGGUUGAGGUUGCCGUGGGUGUGUUACAUAUCACGAUAUCGUCCUUUGUACAAGCGACUGUAGACUAUCCUGUACUUGUACGUAUGCAUUCUGAAAUGCACAAAAAGAGCCUGAGACGGGCUCAAUUCCCUCUUCCAUGUGUUGGAAAGUUUG